AUGGAUCUGAUUUUGCGUGGAGAGGAGGAAGAACGCCUGCGUGAUGGUUGGGGCGGAAUGCACGGGAUCGGCUGGAUCGAUGGAGCUGGCCGCGGGAUUGCUUUGAAGAAGAUCAAAGUCAACAAUCCACUUCAACCCGAAGACCUCUUCUCUCGACGGUGCGUGUGGGUAAAUGGCCCGAUCAUCAUCGGAGCUGGCCCGUCCGGCCUAGCAGUGGGUGCAUGCCUGAAGGAGCAAGGCGUUCCCUUCGUGAUCCUCGAGCGCUCCGACUGCAUUGCCUCCCUCUGGCAAAAGCGUACCUACGACCGCCUGAAGCUCCACCUCCCCAAACAAUUCUGCCAGCUUCCGAAGCUCCCCUUCCCGGAGGACUACCCUGAGUACCCAUCCAAGAAGCAGUUCAUAGACUACUUGGAGUCAUACGCUAAGAACUUCGACACCAAUCCAAGAUUCAACCAGUCAGUGCAGUCCGCGAGGUACGAUGAGACGUGCGGAUUAUGGCGUGUAAGGACUGCCGGGUCUGGUGCCGAGGUGGAGUACAUUGGCCGGUGGCUGGUGGUGGCCACCGGCGAGAAUGCCGAACGAGUAGUCCCUGAGCUGGAAGGACUGGGGCAGUUUGGCGGCGAUGUCACGCAUGUCUGUGACUACAUAUCCGGCAGGGUCUACCAGGGGAAGCGGGUAUUGGUGGUCGGAUGCGGCAACUCCGGCAUGGAGGUCUGUCUUGACCUCUGCGACCACAAUGCCUUCCCAUCAAUGGUUGUUCGCGACUCGGUUCGAGAGGUUUAUGCUGGGAAAAGUUGA